GACAAUUGACAAUUGACAUUGACAUCACACCCAAACAGCAAAUUCUUAUAAUGAGGGAUUCUUUUAAUUUCUAAAAAAAAACAUCUAAAAGUUCCAUUUAUUACAUUUACUCUGGAAAAAAUGUAAUUUUAUUUUGAUCAUUCGUAAUAUCAAUGCUUACAGUGAUGGGUUUUAUACAAGUACUUGGUCAAAAUAAGUUUAGGUUAAUAGGCAACGUAGUUCGAGCAAUUGGAUCGUCAUCUCGGGUAUUUGCUACCCAUUACGAUGUUUUGGGAGUUACCCCAAAAGCUACACAAAGAGAUAUUAAAGCUGCAUACUAUGAACUAUCAAAAUUAUAUCACCCUGAUAUAUCAAAAGACGAAGAAUCAGCUAAAAAAUUCAGAGCCAUCACUGAAGCAUAUGAAGUCUUAGGCAACAUAAGCUUGAAGAAAAUGUAUGAUAAAGGAUUGAUGGUUGGUUCAGAAAAUACAUCAAGAAUGAGAUAUAAACCCGAAGAAGAAGAGCCUUUAGACCCCACAUUGAAGUUUUAUAAAUCUAGAGCAACACGUCAAGUUACACCAACUAUGGAUGGCAAAACACCAAUUUACGAUUUUGAUUCUUGGUCAAGAGAGCAUUAUGGUGAUAUACUAAGGAAGAAUCAGCAUGCAAAGCGAAUGAUAAGAAUUAGAAAGGAAAGUGCUAACAUGCAUAGACAAUCAGUUCGUCAAGAAUUUAUAAUUUAUUUCAUAUCAGUAGUGAUUUUUCUCUUUAUGGCAUUUGUUGUUUAUGGGACACCAGACUUUGAUCAAGAUACCAUUAAAAAAAAUAAAUCUCAAAUUAAUGAAGGAAGAUAAUUGUUGUAAAUAUUAGAAAAUAUUAGGUAAUUUAUUGUGAUAAAUUAGUUAAAAUAAUGCAAGAGAUUUAAUUGUUAAUG